AUGAAAUUCUUCACGAUCUUAAUCGUGACAGCACCAUUGCUGGCAGGCCUAAUGAUUUGUAAGGUUACAAUCCUCUUGUGGGUGUUUUAUAAAUUGAAAACACUUCAAAGAAACGUUUUAACAGAUCCUCGAAACAACUGGUGAUAAAAAUCUCCAUGGAUACUUGUACUUUUUUUUAAACUUAUUGCACGUUUCUACAAGAAUUUCCAAACUGCAGUGAUGCUAUAAGUGGAUAUACAUAUUAUAUCAACAAAAUAAAUUAAAUGUAAGAUAAGCAAUGUAAUGAAUUAUAUACUUUUCACAAAAUGUAAUAUUUCUCAUUGCAAAGGCAAUUUAACUAUACUUUGAAGUCUUUUUACAAUUAGAGCCAAACCUCUGUACAACGAAUCGUAAGAAAUCAACAAAAUUGUUCAUCAUAUAAGGUUUCAUUGCACAGAUGUCCAUUGUGACCUUAAAUGGGCUCUUGAGACGUUCGGAAGUGUUCGUUUUAUGCAGGUUGCAUGUGCAGGAUUUUUUUGCAGAGAGGCUGAACUGCGUACAUUUAUAUGCAAGAACUUUUAUCAGCCUCCCCCUUCAUUCCGGAACAAAAACAGCGUUCUUAUCUCUUGCAUAAGACCUGAGUGAUACAUAUCAGAGCGCAUUCAAUACGAAAAGUAAUUUCAAAUUUGUGUGAUGCUUCCUUUUUUAGUAAUAAUAUACUGCCUUAUUUGUGAUUUGUCAGCUGCAGGCGUUCGGUAUUACCAUGAAAUAAAAAAGUUGCCUUAUUUGGAUCAUCAGCUUAAUUUCAAACACUACGCUGGCUAUCUGAACGUUUCAAAGACCAGGAAAUUGUCUUAUUGGUAGGAUUCGGUUCUUUAAAAUACAGAGUUUAUUGCUUCAGGCUGUUAGAAUCGCAAAACAAUAAAGACAAGGACCCAUUGCUGCUAUGGUAGGCCAAAAAACUCCUUUGUUUUUGUAGCAGCAUGUAUCGAAUCUUCGUCACGAAAUUUUAGGGUAAAUGGAGGUCCGGGUUCAUCUUCUUUCUUUGGAUUGCUCAUGGAGCACGGUCCAUUCCGAUUUGACGAAGGCUCAGAUGCUUCAAUCAAAUUGACGAAAAACGAGUAUGCUUGGAACACAGUGAGUCUAUGACACGUUGAAUUCACGGCUUCAGUUUGCCAACGUUUUAUAUCUGGAAACCCCCGCUGGAGUCGGCUUCUCGGUCAACGACAAUUUAGAUGGUUACGAACUCAAUGACAACACGGUGAUUUUUUUUAUUGAAGCGAACAUAUAAGAUCACUUUCAGACCGCUGUUGACAACCUUGCAUUCCUAAAAUCUUUCAUAAAAGAAUAUCCGGAAUAUCGAGGACGAGAUUUCUACUUGACCGGUGAGAGCUAUGCCGGCUGUUUUUUGCCGACGCUAGCUAGCGACAUUGUGGAUCACAAAGAGGGAUUGGAAGUGAAUUUCAAAGUAAAUAACGCUCUUUCGGGGCGGCCCACACUUGCGGGCAGCUUGAAGAAUCACGGAGAUUCUGCAGGCAUGUUUUGAAGUCAGUCAACAGUUUGCUUACAGCCGGAAAUUCAAACGAUGAACUUGGCAGCUAGAUGUUGCGGAUUAUGUUUCUAGGUGUAUAAAUGGCUUGAAUAGUUACCAUAAGCUUAUCCAUCCAUUUUUUGAAAACAAACUGCCAUAACUUUGAAAGCAGUAGAUGAAUUCAAGAGACUCGUGUACCUACCAGUACCGGGAAGUAGCCAAUGUAAAAUUUCUAUCAUACUACGUAGAUUACGUAGGGGAAAUCGUAAUUCUAAUCAAAAAACGUCGGCUGCCCGCAAAGUGUCGCGACGGCCUCCUGCAGUUCCAAGAAACGGCCUCUUUUCCUUUUUGAAGCAACUCCAUUGUUUAGGGUGUGAUCCUGGCCAAUCCUGUAACAAAAUUUUACUGGAUGUACAAGUUCUCUGAUCUUGUUUUUGUGGGGCAUGGUGCGGACUCAGUCGAACGUUUGAUUCAAUUCAACAAGGACUGCAAAGGAGGGCUUGAAAAUUACUGUGGGUUAGAAGAGAAGGUUUUUACAGCAAACGACACGAUCAAAAAUAAAGAGCGUUUUGCCGAGCAGUAUAACUCCAGUGUGCAAGGCCGUAUCAACUUGUACGAUCUUUAUCGGCGAAGUGUUGGAAAUGUGGCGUUGACAAGGUACUUGAACAUGCCGAUUGUCCAGAAAGCGUUGCAUUUUGAUCAAAAAGUAUGGAGGGACAUGAAGUGAGUCGAGGAGAAAAAUGAAACUUGGUUUUUAGCUACCGUAUUUACGGUCGGUACAAAAUGUGCGUUGACAUGGAACCGUAUGUCCGAAAGCUUCUGAACAAAGGGAUAAAAUUCCUGUAUUUCUAUGGAGAGUCCGGUAAGACGCAUAUGAUGAUCAUUUAGAACUUUUUUUGAAACUAAAAAUUCUGUAUUCUUCAACUAUCAAUGGAAUUUAGAUAUUGUGUGCGACCAUAUCACGGGAGAUUUGUUCACAAGAAAGAUUGGCAAGAACCCACGGUCCACUGUUUGGUAUGUCGAUCAGACUUUUGCGGGGACCAAAACAGUCUAUGAUGGCAACUUGAUUUACACGACUAUUGCUGGCUGUGGACAUAUGUCUCCAAUGUGGAAACCAAAACAAGUCAAACGAGCUGUUUUUAGUUUCAUUAAUGAUAUCAAAGACUGGAGUCAGGAUCAAUAA